CCCUCGCGUUUGGCCCAGCUGGAGUGAGUGGCAGCAGGAGUUGUUUACUGGGCGAGAUCCUCGCGCAAGGAGAGACGGAAAGAGGGGCAACCUGACGGAGAGAAAACCAACCACACAGCCACAAACGGGAACUUUUACAUUUAACCCGUCUUUUUAUUUUUUGUGUUCUAAACUAUUUUUCCUUUUUCUUAUUUUGUCUGUGAUCAGCGCUGAAAUCGAGACGCGCGUUCGAUGUGUGCUUUCUUUCUAUUGCAACUCCGGCGCCGACGCGGAAAGCUGGUUUGUUUUGGAUUAGCUGGCUAGCUAGCUUUAGCUACACCGCUCCUCCUUCUCGACCUCCUCCUUCCUUCCAUCGGCUAAUGUAAGGAAAGGAAACGGGCAGCGUGGUACGACUUUUUCCCCACUUUUGGCUACACGUCGCCGUCAUUCUUUUCCAAGUGGAACUAGAGACAAUUAGCUUCCACGUUUGCCCUUUUGCAGACCCCCCCCUGCUCCCAGCGCCGUCUUGGACGUUUUAUUUUUUUUACGACGUUGGCUGCUGCUGCCUCAGAGGGGGUGAAGGAGUUCACGGGAUAGUCGCAGCUCCACAUCCAGGCACGUUUUUCCUGCACGUAACAGCCCAAAGGAAGUUUGAUCUCGCUGGAAUGUGCUCUUUACGCCCGUUAGAGAUAGAUACCUGGAAAGACUUUAUUUCUUGCGAUUCAUAGAAUAAAGGAUCUUGAGAAGAGCACAUGACGGUGGACUGUCUCCUUCACUUAUGGAAAAUGAACAUUUCGACACAAACGUUUGUCUCCAGAAGCAAAAAGCACCGUUUUUAGGGAAAGCACCACGACUUCGGAUCAGGGGGUAUCCGUUCAUUACCGGGCCGAGUGGGCCCUUGGUUAAAGUGAUCGGUUAAGGUUUUUUUCCCCCCCCAAGGUGUCCACAUUGGAGUUUUUGAGUUUGACGCGUCAAAAUGAGGCGUUGGACGCUUGAACUGGGUGCACAACUUGUGCUUUGGAUCGUUUGCAUCAUAUGCCAGCCUGGACUUAUUAAGGGAGAAAUUUGUCAAAGCAAAGACAUCCGCAACAAUGUGACCAACCUCCAGUCACUGGAGAACUGCACCAUCAUCGAGGGCCACCUGAAGAUCCUGCUUAUGUUCAAGACCAAAACCGAGGACUUUCGGGGCCUCAGUUUCCCGAAACUGCGAGUGGUGACCGAUUACAUGCUUCUCUUCCGGGUCUACGGCCUCGAUUCCGUCAGCGAUCUCUUCCCGAAUCUGACGGUGAUCCGUGGCAACAACCUCUUCUUCAACUACGCCCUGGUGAUUUACGAGAUGCUACAACUGAAGGAGGUGGGCCUUCACAGCCUCAUGAACAUCACCAGAGGGGCUGUGAGGAUUGAGAAGAACCCAGAUCUUUGUUACCUGGCCACUCUGGACUGGUCCAAGAUCCUGGACUCGGUGGAAGACAAUUACAUCGUGGAGAACAAGAACGACCGUGAGUGCGGAGACGUGUGUCCCGGCACGGCGCAAGGUCAGACCACGUGUCCGCAGAACACCAUCAACGGCCACUUCAGGGGAAGAUGCUGGUCCCAGAACCACUGCCAGAGAAUGUGCCUGGACCGCUGUAAGCACGGCGCAUGUAACCUCCAGGGCCAAUGCUGCCACGACCAGUGCUUGGGCAGCUGCUCAGAGCCCGGGAACGCCAGCAGCUGUGUGGCCUGCAGGAACCUCCAGCACGGCAACACCUGUCUGGAAAAGUGCCCCCCUGGAUACUACGUCUUUCGGGGAUGGCGAUGUGUCAGCUUCUCCUUCUGUCAGGCGCUCCACAACCAAUGCAAGGAGACCAAGAGGCUGAACCAGGGCCGGGACUCUGGUUGCUAUGAAUACGUCAUCCACAAUGGCGCCUGCAUUCAAGAGUGUCCUUCUGGAUACACCCCUAUAAACUCCUCCAUGUUGACAUGCUCGCCAUGCGCAGGCCUUUGUCCCAAACUUUGCGUGGGGAAUAAAACCAUCGAUUCCGUCACCUCCGCGCAAGCUUUGAAAGGCUGUACCGUUUUCCAAGGCAACAUGAUCAUCAAGAUUCGCGGCGGGCAUAACAUAGCGGCUGAGCUGGAAGCUAGUUUGGGCCAGAUUGAGGAGAUCACGGGCUACCUAACGGUUCGCAGAGCCUACGCUCUCGUGUCCCUCUCCUUCCUUCGUAAACUACACACCAUCAGGGGGGAGCAUCUCGAGGGAGACAUCUAUGCCUUCUAUGCACUGGACAACCAAAAUCUGCGUGAGCUGUGGGACUGGUCCAAGCAUAACCUGACCAUCCAGCACGGCCGCACUUUCUUCCACUAUAACUCCAAACUGUGCAUGUCUGAAAUCAGUAAAAUGGAGGAGGUGACGGGCACCAUCAAGCGCAACCAGAAAAAUGACAUUGCAGUGCGCACCAAUGGGGACCAAGCCUCCUGUGAAACCAAGCUGCUGAAAUUCACAUUCAUCAAGGCGGCGUCAAAUAAGAUUUUAGUCAAGUGGGAGCCAUUUUGGCCGUUAGAUUUCAGAGACUUGUUGGGCUUUAUGGUUCUCUACAAAGAAGCGCCGUACAAGAACGUGACGGAGUUCGACGGGCAAGACGCGUGCGGUUCUAACAGCUGGGUGAUCGCCGACGUUGACCCGCCAGCCCGCGUUCCCGACAACAAGGAGCAGAGCGAGCCGGGUCAUUUGAUCCGACCCCUCAAGCCGUGGACCCAGUACGCCAUCAUGGUGAAGACCCAACUGUCCGCGUCUGACGAGCAUCAGGUUCACGGGGCCAAGAGCGAGAUCAUCUAUGUCCGCACCGAUGCUUCCAUGCCGUCAGGCCCUCUGGAUCCCAUCUCCUCCUCCAACUCCUCCUCCCAAAUCAUCCUCAAGUGGAAGCCUCCCACCAAUCCCAACGGCAACAUCACCCACUACCGGGUCAUCUGCCGCAAGCAACCCGAGGACAGCGACCUCUACAAGUUCGACUACUGUCUGCAAGGAAUGAAGCUGCCGUCCCGGACCCCGACCCACUUGGAUAGCGACGACGAGCAGAAGUGGAACCACACGGACGAGCCCAACAUAGGGGGCAAGUGUUGCGCUUGCCCCAAGACGGACAUCCAGCUCAAGAAGGAACAAGAGGAGAUUGAGUAUCGCAAGACCUUUGAGAACUACCUGCACAAUGAAGUUUUCGAGAGCAGACCUGCUCGUCGGCGCCGUUCAGUGGGCGUGGCCAACGCCACCGAAAUGCCUUUCCUUCUUCCAACACUCGCCAGCGUUCCUAACGGUUCUAAAGCCACACCGAAAGACGAGGACGAGGAGGGAGCUAAGGUUGAACUGAAAGUCUUUUCAAAAGAAUCAACCGUCAUCUCCAAUCUGCAACACUUCACCAGUUAUAAGAUUGAGAUCAUGGCUUGCAACCAUCCCACAGACCUCAAGCGCUGCAGCAUGGCCACUCUUAUCAGUGCGAGAACCAUGCCGGAAGAGAAAGCAGAUGACAUCCCAGGCCUGGUGUCCCACGAUUUAAUGAACGGCGAGCCUGCCUCUGUGUUUAUUAAGUGGAAGGCUCCCGUCUCUCCAAACGGUCUCAUCAUCCUCUAUGAAGUCUUUUACCGCAAGGUUGGGGAGACCGAGGUUCACACAGCUUGCGUUUCUCGUCCCGCGUACCUCAAGUCUGGCGGUACCAAGCUGUCGCUCGUACACCCUGGGAACUACAGCGUAAGGGUCCGCGCCACCUCCUUGGCAGGAAACGGCUCUUUCACAGAAACCGCCUACUUCGUCAUGCCCAACAAGGAUCCGGGUAUAAUUGGGGUCGUCAUCGGCCCAAUCAUCUGCCUCAUCCUGCUGUUGCUCGUGGGAGGGGCCGUCUUUGUGGUCUUUAAGAAAAAGCAGACAGAAGGCCCAACUGGACCUCUCAUUGCCUCCUCAAACCCGGAGUACCUCAGUGCCAAUGAUGUUUAUGUUCCAGAUGAGUGGGAAGUACCGCGGGAGAAGAUCGCAGUGCUCGGGGAACUGGGUCAGGGCUCCUUCGGCAUGGUCUACGAAGGAAUCGCCAAGGACAUCGUCAAAGGUGACCCGGACACCCGAGUGGCCGUCAAGACCGUAAACGAAUCGGCCAGUCUGCGAGAGAGAAUUGAGUUCCUCAACGAGGCGUCCGUCAUGAAGGCCUUCAGCUGUCACCAUGUGGUACGCCUCUUAGGUGUUGUGUCCAAGGGUCAGCCCACCCUAGUGGUGAUGGAGCUAAUGACACACGGUGAUCUCAAGAGCUAUCUGCGAGGUCUCAGGCCAGACUCUGAGAACAACCCCACCGGCCGUCCUCCACCUACCCUGAAGGAGAUGAUCCAGAUGGCUGCGGAAAUCGCAGACGGCAUGGCCUACCUCAACGCCAAGAAGUUUGUGCACAGGGACCUGGCAGCCAGAAACUGCAUGGUAGCAGAUGAUUUCACCGUCAAGAUUGGAGACUUUGGUAUGACGCGAGACAUCUACGAGACUGACUACUACCGUAAAGGAGGGAAGGGUCUGCUUCCCGUCAGGUGGAUGGCUCCAGAGUCUCUGAAGGACGGAGUCUUCACCGCCCACUCCGACUGCUGGUCGUUCGGCGUUGUGCUGUGGGAAAUCAACACGCUAGCGGAACAGCCGUACCAGGGUCUGUCCAAUGAGCAAGUUCUCAAAUUUGUCAUGGACGGAGGAUACCUGGACCGCCCGGACAACUGUCCCGAAAGAAUGCACAACUUAAUGCAGAUGUGCUGGCAGUACAACCCCAAAAUGCGGCCGAUGUUCCACGAGAUCAUCGAGAUGCUGCGGGAGGACCUGCACCCGUCUUUUCAGGAGGUCUCCUUCUUCUACAGCGAGGAAAACAAAGUCCCCGAGAGCGAGGAGUUUGAUUUGGACCUGGACAACAUGGAGAGCAUCCCCCUGGACCCGUCCUCGUACUCCCAGAGAGAGGAAAGCUUAGGCAGGGACAGCGGGCCCUCUGUGGCCCUGAGGGGGAACUAUGAGGAGCACGUCCCCUACACACACAUGAACGGCGGCAAGAAAAACGGACGAAUCUUAUCGUUGCCCCGAUCCAGCCCUUCCUAACAUUUCCUCUUGUCCCGAAAGAACUCGUUGAACUGGCCCAACCUUCCUUCUUUUCUCCUGCAGCUCUCCGAGAAUCCUUUUCUUAUUCUUGGAGAAGACCUUCUCAACAACACACAUACACAGUUCUCAGGACUUUUUUCUUCCUCAUGACUGCCAACAAACACAGGCUAGCAAAGGAUGCAAACAGCACAUGGGUCUUUCUGGUGUCGUCUUUUUGUUUCUUGCUGUCGUUUCCAAGGACGCAAUGGGUGGGGGGGGGGGGGGGGGUCUGUGAACACAAGGAACCUUAGACAACCACAAGGCUGCUCUUCUGCUCAACCUCUUGAAAGACGUGGCUCCGCCUUCCACGGGGCGUUUCUUUGCAUUUACGUUUCUUCUCCUGACUCCGUCUUUUUACUCAGAUAGUGGCCUUUGGAUAUGUGGCCUAUACAGAAAGAGACGUGUCGCUCUGCGCUCGUGUUCCUUUUGACGACAAUUUCAUGUCUUGUUUGGAAACGUUGGGAUGACACAAUCAUAGAACAAACAUCUGAUCAUAGAGGAACGUUGGGUCUUUUUGCAUUUGUUUUGCGUUUUCUUUUUUUUUUUUUUCCUUUCUGGUUCUGCAGAAUUCCAAAACAACACACAUAUUCAUCGGGUGAAUAGUUUUAAUUUAUUUGCUUUUAUCUUCGUUUUCUCUUUUCUAUCGGUGUCCUCACUUAUAUGGCUGAAGGAUAUUUAAACAGUUAAGAAUUGGACAAAGGAGUUCCUCAGACUGACCAAUAGCUGCUGCUUUGAUAUAUUUUACUAGGUAUAGAAAUAUAUGAAUUUAUAUAAUAUAUAUAGUAUAUAUGGAAUAUUGGUACGAAAGUACCAACAUUUUAUAUAUAUAAUAUAUGACAUUGAUGUUUUUGUAUAUAGUUCAUAUUUGUAAUAUUUUUCAUCAAAAGCUUUGUUAGUAUCUAGAUUUUAUUUUUUUGCCAAUGUUUUUCCUUGAAAUGUUUUUAUUUUUAUAGCCCCAGAUCUCACUAAUCUGCCAUCAGUGCUCUCUCCUCUCCUAUUGUGACCACCUAGAUGGGAAAUUACUCCAACCCACUGAAUCAUUUCUCUUUUGUCCCCCCUUUCUUGUUUUUAAGCAACCCCCCCCCCCUCGGACCUUCUGUCUGUAUGAAGAUGAGACUUUCAACUUUGACUUUAUCAACGAUAAAACACACACACACAAAAAGCUUGGAGGAGGUCACAUGACAUCUGAUCGCAUUUCAAUCCGAGGGCAGCCCGAUGAAUGUACUUCCCUUUUGAUGGCAACACUCGUCAUGUAGGAAGGUCCUGAGAUGCUUUUCGAUCCUUCUCGUCCACUUAACGAGCAGAACUUGUCCGAAUCUACAAACUCCGAUGUCAGGGAGAUGACAGCCUUGUUGGGUUUGCCUCCGCAUGUUUUUCCACCCGCUUGCUCCCUUCCCACCUCGUAAGCAACGGCCACAAAGUUCCAGCAGGCGGUGUAGACACAUCUGUUUUCUCCACUUUGUGUUUUUCUAAUUGCAACAUCACUCAAUGCUGGCUUAGAAUUUGACCUUAAAUAUGAUUGAAACUGUAAUUCAGCAACUUCCCCGCUAGGUUAAGCAACACUGCCCCGAUUGUGCGUUUGUGAAAAUCCCAAAGAUAUCCAGCAGUAUGCAUUGUGGUUGUCUACGGCGCCUUUUUCCACUGCCCGGGCUCCCGCUUGAUGCUUUCCUAGCGCCGGUAAACGUAAAGCGCUGCUGCUUGCUCAUCGGUUGAGGAUAUUUUAGGGUAAACCUCAGCUUACCCUAUUGCAGUGCCUUAGCUACGGACGCUGCUGUAUUAUACUCCACAGUUUCCACUUUGCUGCAGCGUGUCCUCAGUCUCCUCUGGAAAAAAAAAGGGAGGAAGUAAAAAAGAAAAAAGGGACGCUGUUAUCUGGCGCAGUAGAAAACCCAGUGGAGGCGAGUAGAGCCAAUCAGUGGAAAAGCAUCACAAGUCCACUCAGGUCUGACAGUGUCGUAGCAAUUUACUCGUGUUUUUCCUCCUGCCUUCCGCUAAAGCCCAUAGCUUCUACUUUACAUUAUUAUUUUUUUAAUUUAUUUGACCCCUUCACCCUUUUAAGGAGGAUUAUCACCCAUAUGAGUGUGCCACCCGACGACCCGGGCCCGGUAGCGUUGGGCAAGCUUGUCCCAAUCUUUUGGAAGCCCUUCUGUUUUAUACCAGUGCCUUCUCCAAUUUGGAGUUGCGAUGCAUCAUCGGGGUCAUGUAGAGAGCUGAGAUGAAUCUUGGACUGUUAAGAUUUGAUGUUGGGAGAAAAGAAAGGAUUUGAUGCAUGACAGUAGCAUGAUAGACUAAUUAGUAACCCCCCCCCCCCCAAAAAAAAAGAAUUAAGUACGAAUUAGUAGUCACUGUGAACACAACCGGCUCCCGAGCUGGCCAGUAAGAAAAAGUGAAAACGGCUUGGACAGCUCUCGUGGCAUAUGCAAUUGCUCAUCGAGAUACUUGUACAUAUUUAUUUUGUUACGAUGAAGCGGUUAUCAUCCAAGUGGAGCGUUAAAAAAAAAAAAUAGGUGUGUGAGGAUGGAGCGAUGCUGGACUCCUUGUUUGUCGUUUCUCAUCAUUGUUGUUGUGUUGUUGUCUUGGCCGGAGUCUACCUCAGUGCACACAGAGGAAUCACACCAGACGCUCGCCCGACAGCCAAUUUUUUCUAACACUGCUCACAUGUGUGGCCUCCUUCUGUCUGCUUCCUGCCUUAUACACAUUUUUGGGCUCUUCAGUUACGUUGCCCCACCCCAAAGCUCCAAAAACAUAUUUAAGUCCUCUUUCCCGAGAAAUUUACCAUGGACCAAAGUAUUGGGACACUAAAACAGAUAAAAUGAAACAAUAUUAAGGUGGCUGAAGACGGAAAGUUCACUCUGAGGGAAUCUUUUGGUGUUUGGAUCUUUGUGAGGUCAAAAAUAAUUCUCCCAUCCAUUGGGACAGGAAAGGCGCUUCUCUAAGUAGGAUCCAGAGGGACGUCUCAAUGGACUUGUGGUUUUUUUUUUUGUGUCCAAUGUUUUCUGAGUGUUCUACUGUGAAAAUCGAGAAUAUUAACUUUGUGCGGAUGCGGUGUGUAUGGCCAAGGCUGGUUUGAAAGGAGAACAAGUAGGCAGCACCGAAUACCCCCUGCCCCCCUGAACUUUCUCCCUUUUGGGUUAAAUCAAGUGGGACUGGGACAAUCUUGUGUAGCAUGCAAACUCAAAACAGAUGGACAAAAUUUCAAUUGUAACCUAUUUUUAGUCUCAGGGAGGCAGCCUGAUGAUGCUCAGAAGAACCUUAGAUACCUUUUAUAUCAGUUGUGACUGAAGAGAAAAUACGAAGCAUCCUUGCAAAUAUAGACGUUAAAAGAACCUCGACCCACAGAUGAUCCCAUCUUUUCCCCAUCCUCUCUGAUUUUGGAGACAAUCAGGAAAACCUGAAGCUCACUCUGAAGUCAAGCGGCUUUGACUCAUCUCUAGUGGCUGGAUGGGAGCACUGCAAAGCAAACCAACCCACCAAUACAGUAGUGCCUUGCUUUGAAUCCAGUAAAAACCUCGAGAGGACCUGCAAAUAUUAAAGAGAAUACCCCAAGAAAUAUGAUUUUCUAAUCCAGUUCUGUGUAAAUUAAUCAGUUUAAUGAGAGAAUAUUAUCAUUUAGGAUUAUUCUUUUGAGCACAAAUGGAACUUUUGUCUGCUCUGCUAAGAUUGCUUCAUGCAUGGAAAAAGGAAUGAUGCAUACCAGCAUAUAUAGUAUAGCUUCUUCAUGUGUCCUUAAAAAAAAAAGAAAAUGCCAGUACUCAUCAAACAUGUCCCAAUGUGAAAAUUUCCAUUCUUGCUGAAGCGCAUCCCAACAUUCAGAAAAAUAAGCUGAUUAAGUAACUGUAAAUAGCAGUGGAUCCGACUUCUCUUUUGCCCGGAAAUUGAAAGCACUUAAUUUAGGGAACUUUGCUCUGUUCAUGACCUUACAAGCAAAAAAAGAGCUUCCUUUCAAAAAGGUUAGCAAGUGACAUUAGAAACAUUCGGCAACUUUCCUUAGUUUACCGAGAACUCAGAUAUUAUUUUGUUAGAAUUAAUGGGAAUUAACUGGGAAUUAGGCAAGAUUUUAAAACAUAGUUUGUGUAGUGCUUAUCUCGAUAUAUAGUUGGGGGUGAUACAAUUCAAGGACGGUUUAUUUUAAAGUGAAAUGGUGCGGUUCAAUUCAGGCUGAUUUGAUUUCAUAUGCUACAACUCACUUUUUGUUUUUUUAAUUUCCAAAUCAGAUCUACGGAUUCACAUCGGUUGUUAUGACCCUAAUACUGUAUGGAUGUGUAUUGUGCAUGUGUGUAUAUUUACACACACUGUACAUCCACACGUACACACAUUCCCGCUACAGAAAAGCCCCGGCUGGUUUCCACUUCCUGUAAAUUCUCCCGUUAAUUCCCGUUGAAAGUGUCCCAAUUGAAAAAUCCCUGCGUUGAUUUUGCAAAUCUGCUCAUAUUUCAGUUUGGGUUGAGAACAAAGCAUUUGUUGUAUGUAUUUUUUCUCGUUGUUUCAAAGAAAUAAGUAUUACCUUUUAGAGAGCUGUUGAUUGUUUUAUUUUAUUUUUUUAGCCAAAGUAGGUAGGGCAAACAAUGACAUUUUUGUUUCUUACUGUAAACUUUUACUACUCUUGUACAUUAUGAAUUUGUUAUUGUGUAUAUAUAACUUCCUUUUUGUUGUUUUCUAAAUUGAGAGGAUAUUUUCUGUUGUUGAUGAUGAUGACACAGCCCACUACACAACACAGGAGAUCAGCCUGUGAAAACACACACCGUACGACCUUUGACCUGACUUUCAAUCAACCCCAUGCAUGUUCUUCCUAAUGUGAGCCCGACAGGCCCGAACGCAUCACUGAGGCGCGUUUAGUUUGUGUUGUCUUUAUUUUAUUGGGGCUAAAUAAUGUGUAAACUGGACGAGACCACUGCACAUCCAAGACGUGUGAUGAAAUAAGCUAUAAAGAUGGUUCAACCACCAUUUUUUUUCCCCCCUCCCCAGUCCCCAAGUUGCUUCUUCAGGCGAUGAAUGAAUAUGAAAAAAAAAAAGUACUGCUGAUAAGUGGUGAGAUGAUAUUUCAUAUUUAUCUUAUUAGUUAUGGACAGAUGGGUGUCUGUCCAGUGGUCUGCUCCAGUUUCACACAGUAGUACUUUUAGUUUAGCGUGUUGUCUCCUCGGUGCACAUACAGUCGCUUGUAGUGGCCGCCAUGCUGUGUUGUCAUCGAGGAGGUUACCUCUUUGUUGUUUGUCUUUUGUUCAUGCUGAUGUGUUCAUUUUUUUUUGGGGGGGGGGGGGGCGCAUAUACGUUCCUGUUGUCAGUGUAUGUGUGCGUAUGUUGUCCAAAACCCAGAUCGCUUCAUCCCUCACACUGGAUCCAAAUGUGCCAUUAUCUUUAUGUAUCGCAUUUAUCAACACACACACACACACACUCAGAAUUACACGAUGCAUAUUGUACAGGAUCAAAAAAAAAAAAAAAGACAAAAAAUGUGCCAUGACUAAAUGAAACGCUUGACAAUUUAUUUUUUCUAUGGUUUCAAAAGGAGAGCCAAGUAGUGACAUGUACAGAAAAUGUUGCAAUGAUAUGAAAAUACAAAUCUUGCUGUGUGUAAAUUAUUCAACAAUUAACUGUUUAUAUUAAAAUUAUGAAUAAAAUUAUUGGAGAAUGUC